GGCAGAAAGACAGACUUGCAGAUGGAUGCUUGUGUUCCUCAAAUAAGGGCUGAGAGAGAGCGAGAGAGAGAGAGACUCAGUGCUAGAGAGACAGCGGCAGAGAAAUAAUGGUGAGACACGCGGCGCACGCUCCACGGUCUGUUCUCGUCAUCCGUCAGAUCAUCUCCUCGAGAGAAGGGAGACUGAAAGGGCUGCCGCGAGCCAGCCAGUAACGGAGACCGGAGAAGGCACUGACCCAUUCUGCUUUCCUGCCUUGUCGAAUAACAAGUGAUUUUUGGGAGUGGAUAUAUUGUUUUGUCAAUUUUAAGAGCUAAAAGCUCGAAAUGGAAAAAGUAAACGGUCUCCGUAACGGGUAUUCAUCUAUUUGUGCCACAUAACAUUGACGACAGCGAGAAAGUUACAGCUUUCUCUUUUCAACCGAAUUGCUUGAAUAAAGACUAGGCUACAGUGGGCUACAAUUAAAAUGCUCAGGUGACCAUAAAGAGCCGAGUUUACAGCGUGCGACACCGGCAAAACAGAAGAAGCGCCUCCGGUGUGUUUAUGGAUAGAUAGGGCAUCUUGAAUAGAUUCUUCCAGAUGCUUUAACUUCGUCUAUGUCGGAAUAUCUGCGGGUGUGUUUUCAACUCUGCCUGUCAACACUGUUCAUUUCAGACCAGAGGAAAUUUAACAGUGAUUCGCAAGGGAAGACGAAAACACCAACGAUCAAAAGAUUAAUCCAAAACGGUUCAAAAAUCAAACUGGCAGUUUUAUUGCGGAGUACCAGACGAGAAACCUACAUUCUCCCGGAGACGUCCAAGCAGGAUGGAACUCAAACUGGGAUACUAGACCGGUAGAACAAUCGCCGUCAUGUUUGGAAAAGGUUGUGGUGGUGUAGGUGUCCUCCUUGUCCUAUGUGGGUCGUUGGAGCUCUCCUCUCCCUGUCCCAGAGACUGUAUCUGCUACACCUCUCCCAGCACCGUGUCCUGUCAGGCCCAUAACUUUCUGUCUGUCCCAGAGGAGAUCCCAGCCCAGAGCGAGAGGGUCUUCCUGCAGAACAACAAGAUCCAGCGUCUCCUGCGAGGCCACUUCAGCCCCACUACGGCCAUGCUGUGGCUUUACUCCAACAACAUCUCCUAUAUCCAGGCCUCCACCUUUCACGGCUUUGCCCGCCUGGAGGAGCUGGACCUGGGGGACAACCGUCACCUGAGGGCCCUGGCUUCAGAUACGUUCCAGGGGCUAGGCCGGCUACACGCCCUGCAUCUCUACCACUGUGGUCUUCUCAGCCUGCCAUCUGGGAUAUUCGAGGGGCUCAGCAGCCUGCAGUACCUCUAUCUACAGGACAACCAGUUGGAGUUCCUGGAGGAUGAUCUGUUUGUUGACCUGCUGAACCUCAGCCACCUCUUCCUCCAUGGCAACAGGCUAUGGUCGCUCCACCAGAACACCUUCAGGGGUCUGGGGAUGCUGGACCGUCUCUUGCUGCACCAGAACCGUCUGCAGUGGGUCCACCGUCUGGCCUUCCACGACCUGCAUCGCCUCACCACCCUCUACUUGUUCAACAACUCUCUGACUGAGCUGUCUGGAGCCUGCCUGGCUCUGUUGCCUGCUCUAGAGUACCUUAGACUCAACGACAACCUUUGGGAGUGUGACUGCAAGGCCCUGCCGCUGUGGGAUUGGCUGCGGAGGUUCCGGGGCUCCACGUCGUCUCUGGGUUGCGUCUCUCCUCCAGAGCUUCAGGGCCGGGACCUGAAGGAGCUGAAGAAAGAGGAACUACCCAGCUGUUCAGCAGGAGAAACCCAGGGAGGAGGUGUCAUAGGCGGGGAUGCCGAGCUGGGGGAGUCCCUGAAGAAAGAGGAGGACCAUCGACUCCAUCACAGGAACCACAGGCACCGCCAUAACCACCACCAGCACCCACACCUCCCACACGGGGAUCAGCACAAUGGGGUCCCUUCCCCAUCUCCCUUACCCCUGCCCAGGCCGCCCAAGGGGAGCCGCAGGAACUGUACCCGCAACAGGGGGCGUAAGGGAAAGGGAGGGGGUCAGGGGGGCUUGAAUGAGGUGCAGACACUCAGGGAGGGGGAGGAGAAGGACAACGCCACUGGAGGGGGUAAACACGACCCCUCUGCCCCUACUCGCAGGAGGAACAAGUGUGUCCCCAGGACUUCAGUUGGCCCGCCCAGCGGGGUCAAGAGAGCCAAUAGUAAUGCAGCGUCCCGCUCCGCUGGGACUUUUCUCUAUGUCUUAUUGGCUGUGCUGCUGUCACUCACUGUUGUGAUCCUCCUCUGAGACUGAAAGGAGGGGGUUUUAUAUCAACCCCUGCAAUACAGUACACACUCCUCUGAAUGUCAGACCCACUCUGGCUCCUGCACUGAGGUGUGUGUGUGUGUGUGUGUGUGUGUGUGUGUGUGUGUGUGUGUGUGUGUGUGUGUGUGUGUGUGUGUGUGUGCGUGCGUGCGUGCGCGUGUGCGUGCGAGUGCAUGCAUGCGUGUGUGUUUAAAUGUACUCUGUGUACCUGUAACAUAUGGCAGGGAAGUUCUUUGGGAGUCAUAACUGAAACGUAACAGGUUAUCUGUCGCUAUGAUGUCGUAAGGGGGAGUAUGAUGUCAUAAGGGGGAGUAACAGUCUGUCACAUCCAGAGUUCUGAUUGGGUGGUUGAUCAAAUGAACUGAUGAUUUAAGAAUACACCUACUGCUACAGCCAUAUCACCUGAAAGGAUACCUCAGCACAGACUUAUGAUAAGAUGACCCUGACACAGGUUGUUGCCAAACUGUAAAAACAUCCUUAAAAACAUGAAUCCACUGGGUUCUGUAAUCCUGUGUUUGUAACCCAUGUAAGUACAGUGUGGUUUGUGUGAACAGUCUCCAUGUCUGUCUUCCCACUUUAAAAGAAGCCAGAAAGAGGAGAGUGAGAAUGAUGGAAUGAGUAUAUGGAACCCUAGCUGUCCAAUGAAGGGUUUAGAGAAUGAUGGAAUGAGUAUAUGGAACCCUAGCUGUCCAAUGAAGGGUUUAGAGAAUGAUGGAAUGAGUAUAUGGAACCCUAGCUGUCCAAUGAAGGGUUUAGAGAAUGAUGGAAUGAGUAUAUGGAACCCUAGCUGUCCAUUGAAUGGUUUAGAGAAUGAUGGAAUGAGUAUAUGGAACCCUAGCUGUCCAAUGAAGGGUUUAGAGAAUGAUGGAAUGAGUAUAUGGAACCCUAGCUGUCCAAUGAAGGGUUUAGAGAAUGAUGGAAUGAGUAUAUGGAACCCUAGCUGUCCAAUGAAGGGUUUAGAGAAUGAUGGAAUGAGUAUAUGGAACCCUAGCUGUCCAAUGAAGGGUUUAGAGAAUGAUGGAAUGAGUAUAUGGAAGCCUAGCUGUCCAUUGAAUGGUUUAGAGAAUGAUGGAAUGAGUAUAUGGAACCCUAGCUGUCCAAUGAAGGGUUUAGAGAAUGAUGGAAUGAGUAUAUGGAACCCUAGCUGUCCAAUGAAGGGUUUAGAGAAUGAUGGAAUGAGUAUAUGGAACCCUAGCUGUCCAUUGAAGGGUUUAGAGAAUGAUGGAAUGAGUAUAUGGAACCCUAGCUGUCCAAUGAAGGGUUUAGAGAAUGAUGGAAUGAGUAUAUGGAACCCUAGCUGUCCAUUGAAUGGUUUAGAGAAUGAUGGAAUGAGUAUAUGGAACCCUAGCUGUCCAUUGAAUGGUUUAGAGAAUGAUGGAAUGAGUAUAUGGAACCCUAGCUGUCCAUUGAAUGGUUUAGAGAAUGAUGGAAUGAGUAUAUGGAACCCUAGCUGUCAAUUGAAUGGUUUAGAGAAUGAUGGAAUGAGUAUAUGGAACCCUAGCUGUCCAUUGAAUGGUUUAGAGAAUGAAGGAAUGAGUAUAUGGAACCCUAGCUGUCCAUUGAAUGGUUUAGAGAAUGAUGGAAUGAGUAUAUGGAACCCUAGUGUCCAAUGAAGGGUUUAGAGAAUGAUGGAAUGAGUAUAUGGAACCCUAGCUGUCCAAUGAAGGGUUUAGAGAAUGCUGGAGUGAGUAUAUGGAACCCUAGCUGUCCAAUGAAGGGUUUAGAGAAUGAUGGAAUGAGUAUAUGGAACCCUGGCUGUCCAAUGAAGGGUUUAGAGAAUGAUGGAAUGAGUAUAUGGAACCCUAGCUGUCCAAUGAAGGGUUUAGAGAAUGAUGGAAUGAGUAUAUGGAACCCUAGCUGUCCAUUGAAUGGUUUAGAGAAUGAUGGAGUGAGUAUAUGGAACCCUAGCUGUCCAAUGAAGGGUUUAGAGAAUGAUGGAAUGAGUAUAUGGAACCCUAGCUGUCCAUUGAAUGGUUUAGAGAAUGAUGGAGUGAGUAUAUGGAACCCUGGCUGUCCAUUGAAGGGUUUAGAGAAUGAUGGAAUGAGUAUAUGGAACCCUAGCUGUCCAAUGAAGGGUUUAGAGAAUGAUGGAAUGAGUAUAUGGAACCCUAGCUGUCCAAUGAAGGGUUUAGAGAAUGAUGGAAUGAGUAUAUGGAACCCUAGCUGUCCAAUGAAGGGUUUAGAGAAUGAUGGAAUGAGUAUAUGGAACCCUGGCUGUCCAAUGAAGGGUUUAGAGAAUGAUGGAAUGAGUAUAUGGAACCCUAGCUGUCCAAUGAAGGGUUUAGAGAAUGAUGGAAUGAGUAUAUGGAACCCUAGCUGUCCAUUGAAGGGUUUAGAGAAUGAUGGAAUGAGUAUAUGGAACCCUGGCUGUCCAAUGAAGGGUUUAGAGAAUGAUGGAAUGAGUAUAUGGAACCCUAGCUGUCCAAUGAAGGGUUUAGAGAAUGAUGGAAUGAGUAUAUGGAACCCUAGCUGUCCAUUGAAGGGUUUAGAGAAUGGAACAACUGCUUCUUUAGAUGCAGUCACUCUGGAGUGUUCUGAACUACAUGAUGGACCUGAAAGACUGAACAUGAAACACUCUGAUUCUACUGAACUGCUGCUAUGUCUGAGGAGAGAGAGCUCUGGAACUCCCCUCGUGAUUCUGAAACCUUCAUGGUUCUGGAGUCUUCUUCAGGAUCUGGAACACAAAAACAUAUUUAAUGGAGAGGUGAUACAGGGACAGAGGUGGCAGAGCUCCCCUGGCGCCCCUUGAGGACUGGAGAGGUAAUAACACCUUCCCAUCCGAGCCCAGUCCUGUCCAGUCCUACACUCAGGGCUCCAUUCAAUCUGUCCCGCCGAAGUUCCGCGCUAUAUUUCGAUUUAAGUUUAAAGGCAAUGUUGCUGCAUUUAUGGAGACUGCAUUCACGGUAAACACUGCAUAUGUUGUCUCAAUCAGAAAUGUCUUUACAUUUCAAGCAUGCUAUAGCGCUGAACUUCAGCGAUACCGAUUGAAUCGAGCCCUCACCUACAGUACCUAGCUGUCCCCACACUGACUGACCUCCCCUGUAGUAGUGUUCCACAACCCUGGUCCUGGAGAGAUACAACCCUGGUCCUGGAGAGAUACAACCCUGGUCCUGGAGAGAUACAACCCUGGUCCUGGAGAGAUACAACCCUAGUCCUGGAGAGAUACAACCCUGGCCCUGGGGAGAUACAACCCUGGUCCUGGGGAGAUACAACCCUGGUCCUGGGGAGAUACAACCCUGGUCCUGGGGAGAUACAACCCUGGUCCUGGGGAGAUACAACCCUGGUCCUGGGGGAUACAACCCUGGUCCUGGAGAGAUACAACCCUGGUCCUGGGGAGAUACAACCCUGGUCCUGGGGAGAUACAACCCUGGUCCUGGAGAGAUACAACCCUGGUCCUGGGGAGAUACAACCCUGGUCCUGGGGAGAUACAACCCUGGUCCUGGAGAGAUACAACCCUGGUCCUGGAGAGAUACAACCCUGGUCCUGGGGAGAUACAACCCUGGUCCUGGAGAGAUACGACCCUGGUCCUGGAGAGAUACAACCCUGGUCCUGGGGAGAUACAACCCUGGUCCUGGAGAGAUACGACCCUGGUCCUGGGGAGAUACAAAUGGUAUAGGUCUUUGUUCUUGCCCAGCACAACAAACCUGAUUAAACUAAUGCUGUGUUUCUCAAUCUAUUCCCGAGGGACUCACGGGGAGUACCUGGAAUGACACCCUACACCCCCUGCUGUGUACUUGUACAGCUGUGAAACCUUGAGAUGAUGCUGUAAAAUGACAGUUGUGUCCUUUCGUUCAUGUGAGGGUGACUUUUGUAACCACAGAGAAACUGGCACAGUCCUGUCUGUCUGUCUGUCUGUCUGUCUGUCUGUCUGUCUGUCUGUCUGUCUGUCUGUCUGUCUGUCUGUCCUUCCCUCUGUCCCUCCAACACUCCCUCCUUCAUUCCCUCCCUCUGUCCUUCACUCCAUCCCUCCAACACUCCUUCCCUCAUUCCCUCCCUCAUUUCCUCCUACUGUCCGACCCUGAUGUUUUGUAUGUGGUUAUAGAAUUACACCAGACUCAAAAGUUGUUUAUAAACUACAUUAAAAAGAAGUGUCCUCAUA